CGUACCAACACCGUGUGAAACAAGAACUGGGUUUGCCUUGCGGACUUAAUUAGGGAUAAUGUGACAGGUUGAGGUAGGCUAACUUAAGAAUUUUAUGGAAAAAUAGAAUAUCAGAUCGACAAACUGUCCUGAAAAAAAAUAUUUAAAUGUUUGCGCUCACUGCUAUUAGACGCUCAGGAUAAGAGCGUCUGCUAAAUGACUCAAAUGGAAACAUUUGAAAUGUUAUUGAGCAGACCUUGGCUUGCAGCAUAAUAAGCUGUCCCUCAAAACACUUGCCUUUACUUCAAACGGAGUCGCCUCAUUUACAAGCAGUUUAUGCACUUGCACUGACGUCAAUGGAACGAUGUUGGAUGUAUAUAUAACCCUUAAGAACGAGGCGUUAUUCUCCAAUCGACAUUUAGCGGGACUUUUCGGACCGGGGUCUCAAUUGCCACUUUUCUAGCCGGUGUGCAACUUUUUCAGCAUUAAGGAGACAAAGUACCGGGUACCGUUUUGUCCGCCUGUCCAGCACUAUGAAGCCUGUUCCCCUGAUCCUGCUCCUUGCCACUGUUCUCCUCAGCUCUCACAUCCCCCCCAGUGUCUGUCGACCACGGGACCUGGCAAUGUUCGACGGCCACGGCUACAAGAGUCAGCUGGACGAGGUGUUGCUGAAGGCUGGUGAUAACGCCAUUUCCUACCUUAUAGGAGAAAAGAUACUGAGGUAUUUGCAAAGAAAUCCCCGGUUGCAGGCAGUUCUCCCGCCACAGUUUCCCUUUGAGGUGACGCCCCUGGGCUCGAGGGGUCUUGGUCACCUGGCGCGCAGUUUGCCGCUCUUGGAGGAGCAGCGCGCGCCUGAGGAGGGCAACAGCCUGGAAGAGUUCGUGGAGCUGACCAAGAGAAACGACGACCCCCCGAUCUCCAUCGACCUCACUUUCCACCUUCUGAGAAAUAUGAUUGAAAUGGCGAGGAUCGAGAGCCAGAAGGAGCAAGCGGAGUUAAACCGCAAGUAUCUGGAUGAAGUUGGAAAGUGAUACAGCAAGUGUCUUCAACAAGUGAGAAAAAAUCCAGAUAAAACAUCUCACAGAAAACAGCAAAGCCCCUGGCACUCUCAGACCCACGAAAUAGUUUAGAUUUUGAUUUAACCGUUGGUUUCUCUGCCAUUCUUCAUCAUAAGAUGCAUAAAAAUAACUUCCCCACCUGUCCAAAAAGCCUUUCAAAAAUCAACGGGCAAUAAAUGAUUGACUGCCAAGAAGACCCCAUCUACAAUGGAAUCAUAGUGAGGCGCCUUGACAACUAUUCCCUAACAUAUGGCAUAGUGCGAAUACUCCGGAUCUCACACCUCUAUAGUGUAUUCUCACCUUUGGAUGUCCGGAGCAUUGUAGUUGGCCUACAACAAUAAUAUUGCCAGACACAAAUUGAGUUACAAGUUGCCCUCAUGUGGAAUAAGUGCAACAUGUUUUGUUAGUCGUAGUCUAAAUGGUUGGUACUAGGUAAAUAACAAAGGCAGGUAGGCUAGUCAUUGUUUCCGGCAUUACAUGCGAUAGGCCUUUUAUAACACAUUGGAGAAAAAUAAUGUUGUGCAAAUUGAUAUUGGCUACCCAUAUGUGAUCUUUCAAUGGUUAGUUGUGUGACUCAUUUUGUUGCUCACUUUAAGGGACAAGGCUCAGUCAAUAUAGAUACGUUGUGUCCUUUUCCUGAGAUGUAUUUUUGUUCAACAACUGAAAAAGAUUGAACUAGGGCCUUAUCCCCGGCAUAGAUUAAAACAAAUCAGGUAAAGCACUCGUGUAAUAUUGUCAUUUCAUUACUGUUUUGCUGUAUGCCAAUUGUUUAAUUUAUAGUGAUUAUCCAUUUGCCCUUGGUUUGUUAGCUCACUUGGCAGGCAGCCAUCCAGCCAGCAGAAGAAGCCUUUUCACAUUGUUUCAGGUAUGGGGUCUGGCAUUGCCCGUAGGUUUCUGUGAUACAACUAAUCUCCAAUCUAAUCUGAAACCAAGUGAACAUAUCCUACACUUAACGCCACUUCCACUCUCCUUAUUAUCUUUCCAUCCAAGCAAGUACACUAUCCUCUGUACUGUACCUAGCAUGCUUACCUUAAACUAAGAAAAACAUUUAAUGGUUCAUUUUAUGUUGACUGUUUUGUCAAAGCCCCAAUCAUGGACAUAUCAUAUGAUCACAUGGUUUAUCAGUAAAGAAUAGCUUUUUUGUCAUUUAUAUUUUUUAAUUAAAAGAAGUUCUGAAAAUAUGUCAGGGCACCGUUUUGUCAUAGUUUCGUACAGUAGUGAAUGUAAUAAAGGAAACUAUUCUGCUGACUUGUCUACCAAAAUAAUUUAUUCCUACAUCUGUAAACAGAUGCUGCUGAAUAUCUUAUUGCCUAUUGAAAUAUAAAUAAACUCCUUGCAGAUUUACUUAAACUCUGGCUAAACACUCAUUGCAAAACCCCUAUGGCCAAAUAUCUAACCUCCAUGGCCAAACAAUCAUUGCAGUUAUUGCCUUUAACUCUCAUUAAAUGUAACUUUACAGCAGUUGCCCGUCUUCUUUUUAAAUGAAUAACAUGUGGAAGCUUAGAGAAUGGUGUAAUGGUUGGUGAGAGUUUCUGUGAAUUUGUGAGAACUCAUCAAAAAUGCCCCCCAAGCCUGGUGUUUCUAUGACUCAGACUGUCAGUAUGGUGGUGGACCUACUGCCCUGUUCCUCACUGUGUUAACACCAUAGCGAAUCAUUCAAUGAUUAAUUCUGUGGUUAACACCACCUCCAAUUCCACUGGAGAUCAAAGCAGCAGCUGUAGCUCAAGGUCAGGGUUGGUAACACAAACAUUUGCUAAAAAAGAAGAGAGGGGAUAUCAUAAUGAGAUUUUCUUUUUGUAUACAAUUUUGUAAGCUGAAGCUAAAAUGUGCAUAUGCUAUACAGUCAGAUCAUUUAGUUUUGUCUUACACUUUCAUGAGUAGUCUUUCAGCUGCUUCGGUCUCUACAAUAUUAGUCAUACUUGUGGAACUCGUCAAAGUUAAGGUUGUUGUAAGAUGAAGAGGAAGUCAAAAUGUCCUGUUUCACACAUGUACAAGUGUGUAACCUGUACAAGUGUGUGGUGUGUGAAUUAUAUAUUUUUGUUGUUGUUGCAUAUCCCACUCCCCCUGAGAGAGUGGGGUCACGGCCAGAGAUCAGCCAUUAUUGACGGCGACCCUGGCGCAAUUAGGGUUGUGUCUUGCUCAAUGGCAGAUAGACAGAUUUCACCUAGUCGAUUCAGACAUUCGAACAUGCAGCCUUUCGGUUAAAGCACUAGUAGGAGUGUGAGGUGAGAUAAAAACACGACACAACAAUGUAUUCUUCCUACUUCACAACAUGCGCAUUUCAAACCAACAGUGGUAUACAUUUAAUUUGAUUAUUCUUAGUUUAUCAUAUUUAUACACAGGUUUUUGUACAUACAGUAUAUCUGGUGGGUGGCAAGGGAGACCUUCAACUGUGUGAUGUUUGAGCUUUAUGCUCUGUUCCGAAAUGUUACAUUUGCCCGUGUAGUCUUCAGCUAUGUCUGCUACAGAUCUCGGAGGCCAAAAAUCAUAAUAUGAGCAAGACAAUGGUUUCCCCUUAGAUUCCAUGAGAAACCCCACUUUAAACCUAUCCACGAUUGUGCACCCCAACACGUCAGACAUGCUUUUAAAUGAUGUACCCAGUGGGUCCCUCAGGUCCUCUGGCACUGGUGUUUUAACUAUUCUAGGACCAAUAGGCAUGGAGAGACAGCCUUUAGAUAUUAUGACCCCUGCCUUUGGAAUAGCCUGCCAGAAAACCUGAGGAGGGCCGAAACUGUGGGCAUAUUUAAAAGAGAUCUUAAAACAUCUUUUUAGCUUUGUAUUUCCUUAGGGUGCUUUCUAGUAGUUCAGUUUGUCAUACUUUAGUUUUUAUAUUAUGUUUGUUGUGUAGUAAAUAUUUCAGCUUGUAUUUUCAUUGUUUUUUUAUUCGUUUUUUUUCCUGUAAAGCAUAUUGCGUUGUAUUCAAUGUCUGAAAUGUGCUGUAUAAAUAAAGCUUGAUUUGAUUU